AUGAGUGUAGGGUUUGCUUGUGAGGCAGUGGAGAAUGGUAUUUCAGAGUGUUUCAACUCCAUAAUUGUAGAAGCUAGGAAAAAACCUUUGAUUACAAUGCUUGAAGAGAUAAGCAUAUACAUAAUGGACAUGUUUUCCUUUAUGAAUGAUGAAUGUAGUAAAUGGAAAGGUAAUAUAUGUCCAGAGGUGAUUAAGAAGAUAAAUCUUUUUGGAAAGAACUUUAGGCUUUGGUUAGUAGUGCAUAGCUUAGGAAAUGUAUUUGAAGUGAGAACAAUAUGUGCUAGUUACAAGGUAGAUUUGGAUGGUAGGGUUUGUUCCUGCAGAUUAUGGGAUUUUUCUGGAAUUCCUUGUCUCCAUGCCACAACAGCCAUUAAUUAUAUCCAUCAAACUCCAGAUGGAUAUAUUAGUGACUACUUUUCAGUGAAUAAAUUUAGGGAAUGCUACUCUACAAACAUCAGUCUUGUGAAUGGGAGUAAUAUGUGGCCUCUAACUAGAUACAACAAGCCUUUGGCACUUGUUGGUAGGCCCAGAACCAAAAGAAGGAGGCAUGCAAGUGAGAAAGAGAGUUGCAAGAAUGAAAAAAAAAAGGUACCAAUUCCUAUGCCACCAAAGAAUAUUGGGAGGCCUAGGAAACAUGAUGUAGCUGGAUCCAUUCCACAUGUUUCUAUACCCACUCAGUCUAGUCAACAGGGCAGUCAACCACCUGUGACAUCAACUGUAACCACUCAACUUAGUCAACAAGCAAGUCAAUAG